CCACAGCCUGCGGCGUAGCUGACGUGGGAGGUGGCCAAUGUCGUCCAGCAAAGGGGCGGGGCCUGGAGCUCGCCGGCGGCGGACGCGCUGCCGCAGGUGCCGGGCCUGCCUGAGGUCGGAGUGCGGGGAGUGCCACUUCUGCAAAGACAUGAAGAAGUUCGGGGGUCCUGGGCGCAUGAAGCAGUCCUGCCUGCUGCGCCAGUGCACCGCGCCGGUGCUGCCCCACACGGCCGUGUGCGUGGCCUGCGGCGAGGCCGGCAAGGAGGAGGCGGCAGCUGGCGAGGACGAGCGCUUUGACCUCUCGCUCAUGGAGUGCUCCAUCUGCAACGAGAUCAUCCACCCCGCCUGCCUGCAGAUGGGCCGGGCCGAGGGGGUGGUGAACGCCGAGAUCCCCAACUGCUGGGAGUGCCCCAAGUGCAAGCGUGAGGGCAAGUCCAGCAAGGACGUGGGCGACGUGGCUGGGAAGCGCCGGGCAGACAAUGGGGAUGACGGGCUGCGCUGGAAGCUGACAGUUGAGCAGGCACCGGCCAAGAAGAAGGGGCCCCCGGCCACGCCCCCCGGGCAGGCCCCGCCCCCUGAGGACCCCCCCAACCCUGCCCACAAGCGCAAGAAGGAGCGUGACCCCCCGGCCCCUGAUGCAGGGGCCCGCAAGAAGAUCAAAGGGGGCCGGGACAAGCAUCUGAAGAAGAAGCCCCCUGGCGCAUCGCUGGCGCCCGCGGCCCCCCCAGUGCCCAUGGCAGCGGCGCCCGACCGGCGGGAGAAGCUGGAGCGCUUCAAGCAGAUGUGCCAGCUGCUGGAGCGCGUCCGCGCAGCGCCCAGCUCCAGCUCCAGCUCCGACACCGACUCGGAGAGUGGGGAGUCGUCGGGUGCUGCGCACAGCCCCCCCUCCCCACCCCGCCUACCCCCACCCCUCAGCUUCAGUACCAGCGAGGAGGAGGAGGACGACGAGGAGGACGACGAGGACGACCGUGAAGACGAGGACGAGGAGGAGGACGCAGCAGGCCCGGGCAAGGAGAACAACCAUCGGGGGGCGCCGCGGGUGCGGGGGGGGCCGCGGCGCCUGCUGGGCUGGCCCCUGGUGCCCUCACCCCCCAAGCCGCCAGCCCUGCUGCAGCUGGAGCGGCAUGUGGUGCGCCCGCCCCCUGCCAGCCCUGAGCCCGACGCCCUGCCCCUGGUGCCUCUUACCAUAUUUUCUGUAAUGUGCUGUGACAAGCGGCUGUGGACACGCAUCGACCUGAGCCGCCGCACAUCCAUCACGCCAUCCAUGCUGAGCGGCAUCAUCCGGCGGCAGCCAGCCAGCCUGGACCUCAGCUGGACCAGCAUCUCCAAGAAGCAGCUCAUGUGGCUGCUCACCCGCCUCCAGGCCCUGCGCGAGCUGCUGCUGCCCCCGCCUGACGCCCGCCCGGGGCAGACGGAGGCGCGGGGCCGGCUGCAGGGGCUGUGGGAGCUGCGCCUGGCCGGGCUGGACAUCACAGAGGCGUCGGUGCGACUGGUGGCCCGGCAUGCGCCCGCCCUGGCCAAGCUGGACCUGAGCCACUGCAUCCGGGAGCUGGAGACCUGCGAGAGGAGCCCGGCGUCCGGGACACGCACAGGCUCGGGGGACCCCGGCAUCCGGAGCGAAGGGACUUGCUCGGCUCAGACACGGCACCUGGGCGUCCGGGCCACCCGCGAGCGAGGGUCCCAGACACCAGGCAUCCUCACCAGCAUGGAAGCGAUGACCAUCAACAUGAGCUGCGGUGGAAAGGGCACUGUGUGCACGGGCCUGGUGGACAGCUACUGA